AUGGCCGACGCGGAGAGGGACCGCCUUGAUCUUUCCUCCAGGAUAGAGCGUCUGGAAAUGGCCAAGCAGGAAUUAGAGGCUGAGAAUGCCCUGAAAAUUGAGGAGAAUCGUAAUCUCCUCGACCAGCUUGAACAGCUCAACAACACCGUCUCCGAAUCCGAUACAAAGAUCAAAGCACUCGAAGCAAGUCUGCUGUCGUCCCAACAAGCCGUCCGAAGACUCGAGUCUGCUGCCCUGCGAGCCGAAGAUGCUGAGAGGCACAUUUCCCUCUUGGAACUCGAACAGGACGAUCUCUAUCACGAAUUGAGGUCGACGAAAGAAGAUGCUCGAACACAUGCACAGCGUUGCAAGGAGGCGCAACGCGGUAUCAUGGAUAUGCAGGAUCAGCUGGAGAGGAUGGAAGAGGAAGCUCGAGAGGAGCGACAAAGACAUGCCGAGGUUAUUGGGCGAAUGGAGCGUCAACGUCAAGUUGAGAAGCAGCUCAAUACAGCCGCCGGUCGUCUAAAAGGUGCAGCUGCAUCAAAGACACUGCAGGAACCCAAGCCAGGAAAUUCUGUCGUCAAUCAUUUCGUUCGGGAUCUUCUUCAAGACAAUGCCAAUCUACAGCUUGGCAUGGCUGAGCUACGGGAGAUGCUUCUCAAUUCGAACGAUGAGAUUCAGUCUCUGCGAGAACAACUUGUCACCCACCAGCCAAUCGCCGAUAGCAGUAUGACUCUCAAAGACGAACUCGAGGCUUAUGAGCCGCCUACGACUCCUCGAAUUUCGCAAGAGCUCCACAUCCACCACCAUUAUCACGUUUCAGCCAAGGCCGACAAACAAAAAAUGAGGCGGAAGCGUGCGAGCUUGAAUUCUAGUAUAUUUUCAGCUUCGACAAGUUCUGGCACAUCAACCCCAAGAAAUUCCGCUCGCUGGAGCUUGGGGCCUGCCCUGCCUGCCCUCGCUUCCAUCAACACCAAAGAACCCAACUCUGUCAUUUCGAUGCCCAAACAGAGAUGGUCCAUGCUCUCAGAGCAACCUUCUGAAAUCGCAUCGUCCGUUCCAAGUUCACCACGAUCGAAUCUGCGUAACUCGAUGUUUGACUCGAAUUUUGGCGACAGCGAUUAUCCAAUGUCGCCAGCUACGAGCUUUGACCCCAUGUCGCCCACCUGGCGGACGCACCGUAAAGGCCCGUCUGACAUUUCGGCUUUCAGCCUUCAAGCACCUUCCCUCCAGCUUGAUCCAGGCACGCCGCCUCAAAACUCGCGUCAAUUUAAUGAUGAUGUGAUACAUGAGGAGGAUGAAAAUGAGGGCGAGGAGGUCAUGUCUCGAACCGAGACACCCGAUCUCGGCAACACCCCGUCAAUUGACGAGAGCUCAAUCGUCGAGAGCUCUGAGGACAAUAGAGACGAAUACAUGCCGCGUCCAAGGAUUCAUCGAGCUAUUUCUCACGAAUCCAUCAUGUCUCUUACCGGCGGCCUUGACAUUCACACGCUCAAGGCUCGGCCUAGCCAGCUCACCCUUCGACCACUUGGUGGCGCUGAAGCUGUCGUCACGGGCGUCACAGCGCAGCCCACACUGUACAGAGGUGCAGCCAAGCGAAGCACCGCUGCCCUCCGAGACACUUUCGCUGGUCUUCCCGCAAGUAGAACUGUGUCCAACCCACUUAACAGGCCUGGGUCAAACAGAUCUGCGUCGCCAGCUCCUUCGGACACCCCCCAAGGGAGCCCCGCCGGAGGAAUAGGAAAAUGGGUUGGCUGGAGGCCUUGGGCUUCGGGCAGUAGUGAAAAUGCCCCUCCAAAACCUGCGGAGAAGGAAAAGGACAGGAAUAUUAACCGGACGCCGGGUAUCAACCAGCCCGGGUCGAUUCCUGGCUUUCAUCAAUACUGGGCUGCUCAGAAACGAAAGGGCGCGCCCGCUCAGGUCACUACCGUUGAUGUUGAUCGUGAGGCCCUGGUAGAAGGCUUACAGGACUGA